AUGGUCAACUAUCCAGACUUCGACUCACUGCCACCAGUCGAGGGCCAGCCUCAAGGGAAUGCCUGGGCAUUCUGGGGCAAGGGCGAUCAACUCGGAACAUUAAACCUCCUGACUCCCGAGGUCAUUCGAGAUGCGUCCCGAGAAGUAAAAGCCGGGAAAUCCAUCCAGCUGGACCUGCGGCUGGACCACUUCGACUAUGGGAUCGCGGGCCGAGAGAGGUUUCAGCAGACGAUUGUGGACUUCAAGGAGCGAAACAAGGGCGGUCAAUACGAACUCGUCGGCCACGACGACGUGGUCAAGUUCAACACGCAGAGCAGUUCCCAGUGGGACGGUCUUCGUCAUGUCGGCCUGCAAAACUCGGAAACCUACUAUAACGGGAUGAAACAUCGGGAGAUCGACGAGGAUACCACAGGCAGGCUUGGUAUUCACAACUGGGUCGAGAAUGGCGGGAUCGUGGGCAGAGGUGUCCUUCUGGAUUACCACCGAUGGCGGCAAGAAACGGGCAAACCCCCAGUCAAAAUCGACUCUUCGUUUGCCAUCACGGUGGACGAACUCGACGAGGUGGCCAAAUACCAGAACCUCGAGCUGAAAGUGGGCGACAUCUUGAUCAUCCGCUCCGGGUUCACGGCGUGGCACGAUUCCACGCCCUCCAGCGAACGCGUCGAACCCUGGGACAGGGGCGAAUUCAUUGGGCUCGAGGCGUCCAUGAAGUCUGUCAAGUGGCUGUGGAACCACCACUUCGCCGCCGUCGCAGGGGACUCGCUGGGAUUCGAGGUGUGUCCCGCGCCGUUUGGGAUCAAAGACAGAGUCUGUCUUCACGAAUGGUUGUUGACGCACUGGGGGUGUCCGAUCGGCGAGCUGUGGAAUCUGGAGAAGUUGUCCAAGGUCUGCGCCGAGGUUGGACGGUGGUCGUUCUUCUUCACGAGUGCGCCGCUCCAUGUGUUUGGUGGUGUUGGCACGACUCCAAAUGCGAUAGCUAUCUUGUAA